AUGUCCGCUUUGAGUUACCUUGAAAGAGCAGAACGCCAUGCUAGCCCUGUGGCAGCGAAACUUUUGAAGCUAAUGCACGAGAAGAAAACAAACUUGUGCGCAUCUCUAGAUGUUCAUACUACCAAAGAACUCUUGGAUCUGGUGCAGGUGCUCGGACCCCACAUCUGUCUGCUGAAGACGCAUGUCGACAUCCUAGAUGACUUCUCCAUGGAAGGAACGGUGGUCCCCCUGAAAGAGCUUGCGAAGAAGUUCAACUUCAUGAUCUUCGAAGACCGUAAGUUUGCGGACAUUGGUAAUACGGUUAAGCUGCAGUACUCGUCUGGUGUGUACAAGAUUGCACAAUGGGCCGACAUAACGAACGCGCACGGUGUAACUGGUCCUGGCAUCGUUCAGGGUCUAAAGCAGGCCGCGCAGGAGACAACUCAGGAACCAAGAGGGCUUUUGAUGCUUGCGGAGCUUUCCUGCAAGGGCGCACUUGCGUACGGUGAAUACACCAAGGGGACCGUGGACAUAGCCAAGAGCGACAAAGACUUUGUGAUUGGCUUUAUUGCACAGAACGACAUGGGAGGACGUGACGAGGGCUUUGACUGGCUCGUCAUGACCCCUGGCGUUGGCCUCGACGACAAAGGCGACAGCUUGGGUCAACAGUAUCGCACUGUGGACGAAGUUGUUACUGGUGGCUCCGACAUCAUCAUUGUUGGCAGAGGUCUGUUUGGCAAGGGAAGAGACCCUAGCGUAGAAGGCGCCAGAUACAGAAAGGCGGGCUGGGAUGCAUACAUAAAAAGGUGUGGCAACUGA